CCGGCGGCGGCGCACCUCCAAUCUCUGCGGCGGAAGGGGGAACCCGGGUCCCGCGGCCGGCGAGUGAGUCGCUCGCAGAACCGAGGUGCGUGAGGUGGGCGGCGGCCAGCGGAGCCUCUGCGGGGAAAGAAGGCGCGGGGUCCACAGCCUGAGGAGACGCAGAGGCAGGGCAGCCCCGGGGAGGGAGCCGGCUGCAGAGGAAGAUGCCCGGAACCGACCUCCUCAAGCUGAAGGACUUCGAGCCUUAUUUGGAGAUUUUGGAAGCAUAUUCCAUAAAAGCCAAGAAUUAUGUGAAUGGGUAUUGCACCAAAUAUGAGCCCUGGCAGCUCAUUGCGUGGAGUGUCCUGUGUACUCUGCUGAUAGUCUGGGUGUAUGAGCUUAUCUUCCAGCCAGAGAGUUUAUGGUCUCGGUUUAAAAAAAAAUUAUUUAAGCUUAUCAGGAAGAUGCCAUUUAUUGGACGUAAGAUCGAACAACAGGUGAGCAAAGCCAAGAAGGAUCUUGUCAAGAACAUGCCAUUCCUAAAGGUGGACAAGGAUUAUGUGAAAACUCUGCCUGCUCAGGGUAUGGGCACAGCUGAGGUUCUGGAGAGACUCAAGGAGUACAGCUCCAUGGAUGAUUCCUGGCAAGAAGGGAAAGCCUCAGGAGCUGUGUACAACGGGGAACCGAAGCUCACGGAGCUGCUGGUGCAGGCUUAUGGAGAAUUCACGUGGAGCAAUCCACUGCAUCCAGAUAUCUUCCCUGGACUACGGAAGUUAGAGGCAGAAAUCGUAAGGAUGACUUGUUCCCUCUUCAAUGGGGGACCAGAUUCCUGUGGAUGUGUGACUUCUGGGGGAACGGAAAGCAUCCUGAUGGCCUGCAAAGCUUACCGGGACUUGGCCUUAGAGAAGGGGAUCAAAACUCCAGAAAUUGUGGCUCCUGAGAGUGCCCAUGCUGCAUUCGACAAAGCAGCUCAUUAUUUUGGAAUGAAGAUUGUCCGAGUUGCACUGAAAAAGAACAUGGAGGUGGAUGUGCAGGCAAUGAAGAGAGCCAUCUCCAGGAACACAGCUAUGCUGGUCUGUUCUACCCCACAGUUUCCUCAUGGUGUGAUGGAUCCUGUCCCCGAAGUGGCCAAGCUGGCUGUCAGAUAUAAAAUCCCACUCCAUGUGGAUGCUUGUCUGGGGGGCUUCCUCAUUGUCUUCAUGGAGAAAGCAGGGUACCCACUGGAGAAACCAUUUGAUUUCCGGGUAAAAGGUGUGACCAGCAUUUCAGCAGAUACUCAUAAGUAUGGCUAUGCUCCCAAAGGUUCAUCAGUGGUGAUGUACUCUAACGAGAAGUACAGGACAUACCAGUUCUUUGUUGGUGCAGACUGGCAAGGUGGUGUCUACGCAUCUCCAAGCAUAGCUGGCUCACGGCCUGGUGGCAUCAUUGCAGCCUGUUGGGCCGCCUUGAUGCACUUCGGUGAGAACGGCUAUGUUGAAGCUACCAAACAGAUCAUCAAAACUGCUCGCUUCCUGAAGUCAGAACUGGAAAACAUCAAAAACAUCUUCAUUUUCGGUGAUCCUCAGUUGUCAGUUAUUGCUCUGGGAUCCAACGAUUUUGACAUCUACCGACUGUCUAAUAUGAUGUCUGCUAAGGGGUGGAAUUUUAACUACUUGCAGUUCCCAAGAAGCAUUCAUUUCUGCAUUACGUUAGUACAUACUCGGAAGCGAGUGGCGAUCCAAUUCCUAAAGGAUAUCCGGGAAUCAGUCACACAAAUCAUGAAGAAUCCUAAAGCUAAGACCACAGGAAUGGGUGCCAUCUAUGGCAUGGCCCAGGCAACCAUUGACAGGAAGCUGGUUGCAGAAAUAUCCUCCGUCUUCUUGGACUGCCUUUAUACUACGGACCCCGUGACUCAGGGCAACCAGAUGAACGGUUCUCCAAAGCCCCGCUGAACUUUGACCCUUGUGGGUUCCAUGGAGCUUCAGGCCUUCAGAAGGUUCUUGGCGUUUGGAACAGACUGCACACAAUUUGACAUCUGGACUGGCUCCGUAGAGCACAAUAGGAUAAACCUUAAGAUAGCUUCAGCCUCAGGACUCCUUUGUUUCCUUGUGGGGCUUUUAGUUUGAAGACCCUGAAAGAUCCCACUGCAUAGUGAGUCUGCCCUGGUUAUUAAUGUUACCCUAGAAAUUGCUUUAACCUUAUUUUUCUCUAACGUCUUUAGCAUCGUCUUUACUUAAUCAUUGUGUGGUGGCUCCGACCUGUCCUGAUUGCUUAGGGAAAAUGUGAGAUAGCAAGAGGGUGUCUCUGCUGCCUCAGUGGGGUGUUCUGGCCAUCAGGCAGGAGGCAGUUAUGUACCGUGUUCCCUCAGGUGGGUGUCUAUCUGUCCCAUGCAGGGGGAGGUUCAGCCUCUGCUUCAGGAGAUGCCGCUUGUCCUCAGGAUCACUGUCAUUACAGCUUGCUUUACUUUUCCAAGCACACGUCGGCCAGACUGCUGGCCUCUUUUUUUUUAUGUUUUAUUUUUAAAUAACUGGAGUAUAUUCCCUUGGCAGGGUUUGAAGUGCUCCUUUGUCUUGUGCAUGACCAUGGCUGCUGCCAUCUUUGGAGACGCCUGUUGGCAGUCAUACACUUGUUUGUUCUUAUUACUGUAGGGUAAGAAAUGAACAUGUUUUUCAGAGAAUCUAGGGCUUUCUGGCUGUUGGCACUGCCUCUCUGGAUGGAGUAGGAGUAGAUCACUCCUGAGCCCUCUCCUGGGCCAGAGAAGCCACAACCAGACCCUUUCCCAUAUUUUCGUGAACAGCAACAUAGGUAAGCGCCUACGUCGUGCACAUGUGGGCAGUAGUCUUCCCCUUCGACAUUGCCUUAAGCCUUCAUGUAAUGAGAAUCUGCUUUUAUUGAAGAAAACACUCCACAAGUGUCCUUGACUUCCUCAUUGGGUGUGAAGAUGUGCAGAGGACACUUGCUCCAUCAGUGUGUGUUCUUCCUGCCCCUUCCCCCCUUACUCAGCUUCCAAAGGUACGACAGCAUUUUAGCUUCAGGUACUAGACGUUCCUCAGGCCCCACUAAAAGGAAGCAGCGUAGGACAAGAGACAUUUUGGAGUAGAAAGGGAUGGCUACAGCCAUUACGCUUGGGGCCUGGGGUUCCUUCUUAACACUGAUUACCCAGGGCUAUACAGGGACAGGACCAAUCCCUGGCCAAUUUCCCAUUUGCUUCUCCCUUAUAGGGACUGGGGGCUCUGAGGUAGGCAGAGCCCCUGCCCAGCUCUGAUGACCGUACCAUGUGCCUUUCUACCCAUCAGUGAGUAACAACCCUCGUCCUCACCCAGGCCCUGGCAGAAGUGGACCACUCUUUGAGGUGUGUCUGCUUAUAGGAGAGAACUUGGGACAGAUCACCAGAAGCCAUGCUCUGUUCCUUCCCCUUCUCAGGGAUUCCUGAGUAUUCAGCCUGGGUAUUGCUCGCUGGGAGAGCCAGACCACCAGGCUCUUCCUCACCCUCCUUAGGAAGUGGUCUUCAGCACUGUUCUGACCCCAGGUGUUACCAGCUGGCUCAUCACAGGGCAUGUGCAUAUGUCCACUUCCCUCCUGUAUGCUCUACAGUGCAUUAUGAGGCUCAGGGAUGGUUGGUGUUGACGUGUGUCACAGAGAGGCUGAGUUCCUGAGCGUACACACUUAACAGUGGUUAGACUGUUGGACUCCUCUGGGCCUCCUCUCUGGCUUACAAGUGGCUAAAAUGGAGAAGCAUCCUUUAUAGUCUCAGCAGAGCCAGGGACCAAGUCGCUCCCUUCCUUUGUGGUAGCACUAGCAUGGGGUGCUGGUGUUUUUCAGAGGGACCUGCUGCAGCCAUUUUAAUUCAUGAUUAGGAACCUUAGUGUGACUUAAGAGUUUCAUUGUGUGUUUAUGUGUGCAUGCCAUGCCUAGUCAGUGACAGGGGUGGGUAGGGUGUCUAGUAUCAUGGUAUCACAUGGCUUAGUAGAUGCCACAGUAGCUUCUGCAAACACUGUACUGUCUUGUUUCUGUAUUAGAUGUCGGUAGUCAUGUGAAUAUACUGCCAUGUCACUUUUAAUAAUACCAGUUUUAUACUUGGAAAAUGGUACUUGCCUCUUUGAAAUCUAUUUUGUCUCUAAUGUCCCUACCAUCUCUAUGUUCUUUCCUAACUGCAGCAAUAACCCUUCAAAAGCAAUUGAAUAAUAAAUGUCCCAAACUGUAA